AUGGCACAUGUACAUCUGUGGAUGUUUUUAAGCAUCCUCUCAUCUUUGCAGUGCCUCAUAAAUGCCUGUGCUCCAUCUAACAGUGGGUUGAGGAACGUGAGCGCUUUUUCCGGAGAGUCUGUGUUGCUGCCCUGCUCCUGUACAGACACCCAGCACAGGCCCAACAGCGUUUCGUGGGAGACCAACAGCAGAAGAGCGUCGAAAGAUGCCCUGUACACGGAUAUAACCAGUGUGUUUGAGCUGUACAGACACAGAAUUACGCUUUUCAACCAGACCUCACCUGGAAACUUCUCUCUGCUGCUGUCAGACCUGACCGAGGAAGACCAGGGCUCGUACGUCUGCUUGUUAGAUAAAACAUCCAGAUUCACUGACAUCUAUGUUAAAAAAAGACCUAAAAGUCCAGCAUUUUCUCAGACGAGUCUCAGCGUGUUGAUCUCUGUGCUGUUUCUAGCAUUAGCCUCAGGAGGAGCUACUGCCAUCUACUGCAUACACAGAGCACGAAUGGAGGCUGGAGAGAUGAAUGUGGAAAAUAAUAUGGAUGAUCACAAUUCAACAUACGGCAAACUGCAGAGAAAAUAUAAUGCUGAGGAAAUGUAUGGAACAAUCGGCAACAGACAUAAAGAUUAAUAGCUGAGUUGAAAGCAGCUCAAAAUAAAAUAUGACAAAGCAUCAGAUAUGUCAAUAUCUGUAAAUCAUAGGCCUUUAAAUACUUCUAUUGCUUUUUAUUGUUGUUUUUGUUUUCCCUUUCAUUUUUUUUUUUUUUUUUUUUUUUUUGCGAUUGGCUAAUGCAUUUUAAAAGUGACUUUGACAGCAGAUGGUGCUGUAGUUGCACUGUAGAGGUACUAACAUUGGCAUCUGACAAAGUUAAACUAUGUUCCACUAGUGACAUCUGGUUGGCAUGUGCCAAUAAAACUUGAACUGCAUCCUGCAUCAAUGAUAUUGUUGAGAUUUUCUUUGUCAGAAUGUUCCAUCCAUCUAUACUUUAUCUCCAUUUUAAUAAGUUUAAAUCAUAAGAUUGUG